GUCGGACGGGGGCGAUCAUGACGUUCGUCAUAUCAUUUUCGCAAGGCUUCCGGUUCGCGGUACUUCUCAUCUGUGUGGUAGCUUUUCUGGUGCUGAGCAGUGUGAGCCUGACCAAGUUCAUACGCGCCGAUGUGGUUCGCUCCUUCGAAGUGGACGAGAGCGCCCAACAGACGUUCGCUCUCAUACUGUGCAAAAUACAGGAAAACAUUUUCAAACCCGAUGUCUACAAGGCGAUCACUGGAAAGGAAUAUCGGGAGGAUAACGACCCGAUGCUUCCAUUCGCCGACAACUUCCCAUUUGGAGAAAUCGACGUCGAUGCUGCUCUUUGGAACCUGACUUAUAGCUUCGAUGACAUCUUCGACAUUUGUGCAAGCUUCUACAACAAACCAUGUGAUCAGCGGGACAUAUCCAGCCACCUCUACCACUACGGCGGGCAGUGUCACACUCUUCGGUAUGACAACUCUCUGGCCGAGGGCCGGCAGCGGGGCCUCAUGCUGCAGCUCAAGCCUCAGCACUGCGAAAACUGCUCCGAUCUGCACUGGGUCAUGUACGUCUUCUCGGCAAAGGAAGAGUAUCUCGACUGGGAGCACGUGUGGGCGCCAACUCGAAUCUACCUGCAGAAGGACACUGCGCAGACGUUCAAAGUGACCAGGACACUGGAAAAGAGGCUGUCCACUCCAGAGAAGCCCUGCAACGGCGAUCAGGGGUACACCCAGGCAAAGUGUAUUCGGGAGUGUCUAUCGUCGGAGAUGGCCCAGCUGGGGGCCGACUGUCGGCUCCCCUGGCACGACUCAUCACAGCCCUUCUGCAACAACCGCUCAGACUACGAGGAGCUGCUGCGCUACUCGCGUAUGGUUUCACGAGCCUAUGUUGUUUGGGAAUACGACUACCAAGAGUUGCGCGAAAACCAUUACUAUCAGACAGUAAACAGUUUCAAGAAGGUAUGCAAAAGUCGGUGCAUGCGGGAAUGCGAUCGAGACCACGUGACGGUCACCCUGGUGGACCGGGCUCGCAGCGACCGAACCUUUAUCACCCUGAGCAUCAAUGACGGACUGUAUGUGUCGUCUCAGCGCAGAGCUUACGACCUUCAGCAGAUGAUGUCGGAUAUCGGAGGCAACCUGGGACUGCUGCUGGGAGCAUCAAUUUUCACCCUGUUUGAGAUGGUCGAGAACGCCGCACGCCACCUAUGGGAGCGUCGCAAACGUCGGAAGGCCAAAGUCAGCCAGGUUACCACUUCAGCAAUUCGCACAGAUGCUUUUGGGACGGAUGUCAAGCUGAGGAAAAAUCAUGCAAGUGGCUUUUCGGAUAAGGAGAUGACUCUUUCGGACGUAUCUUAGCUGCCAAACUUCAGCUUGUGGCUUAAUGGCUUAAAGCAAAGCAACAUUGUUAUCAUGAUUGUCGUCGCGAUGUCUUUUGGUUUAAAUUGCAUGCGUACGAGAUGUUGAUGAGUUUGGAACAAUUGAUCAGCAAGUUAAGAUAAGUAAGAUGUGGCAGAAUGGAAUGAUUAGCGACGCCUCGCUGAUCAAUGCCUGCUACCAUUUCAUGCUAUCAAUGAAACCAGACAUCUGCCAAUACUCUGGCGUCUUGAUUGUCUAAUAGAUUGAUUGAUUUGUUACUGGAUGGCUGGAUUCGAACGGUUGCAUCUAUUUUGUCGAAGAAGCCUGCACGUGUUCCUCAGUUAAAAUACACGGGAAAUGAGAC